GUAUGGCUUUAAAUCAUCCUUGACUAAAGAGGACCUGCCCGAUCCCCUCCUACCAAACGAAGAAGAUUUGCUCUCCCUCCCUCCCGCCCUCCAUCAACAACAAUGGCAGAACCAAAAGAAAACAUAGUGAUGUUUCCAUUCAUGGCACAAGGCCAUAUUAUCCCAUUUCUAGCAUUAGCACUUCACAUAGAACAAACAAAAGGCUACACCAUAACUUUUGUUAACACCCCACUUAACAUCAAGAAACUCAAGUCAUCUAUCCCACCAAACUCCUCAAUCAAGCUUCUUGAAGUCCCAUUCAAUAGUUCAGAUCAUGGUCUACCUCCUAAUUCAGAAAACACUGAUAUCCUUCCUUACCCUCAUAUCAUUCGCCUUCUUCAUGCCUCUACUUCUCUCAAACCUGCCUUUAAAACACUCAUUGAAGAUAUUGUAGAAGAGGAAGGAGGUAAGCCUCCACUUUGUAUUAUUGCUGACAUAUUUUUUGGAUGGACAGCAACUGUAGCUAAAGAGCUUGGAGUGUUUCAUGCAAUCUUUAGUGGUGCUGGUGGAUUUGGUUUGGCUUGUUAUUACUCCGUCUGGUUAUCACUUCCCCAUAGGGAAGUGGAUUCCGAUGAGUUUGAGUUGCAAGAUUUUAAAGAGGCUUCAAGAUUUCACGUGUCUCAACUGCCAUUAAGUAUUUUAACGGCAGAUGGGAGUGAUUCUUGGUCUGUUUUUCAAAGAAUGAAUCUACCAGCAUGGGUGGAUUCUAAUGGGAUUUUGUUUAAUACAGUAGAGGAGUUUGACCAGCUUGGUUUGAUGUAUUUCAGGAAGAGAUUAGGCAGGCCUGCUUGGGCUAUAGGGCCAGUUCUGUUGUCAGUAGAUAACAGAGCUCGUGCUGGCAAACAAGCUGGGAUUUCAGCAGAUUUUUUGAAGGAAUGGUUAGAUGCAAAACCUGUGAAUUCAGUUCUGUAUGUUUCAUUUGGAUCAAACAACACAAUAUCUACAUCACAGAUGAUGCAAUUGGCUAUGGCUUUGGAGGGUAGUGGCAAGAAUUUUAUUUGGGUUGUCAGACCACCAAUAGGUUUUGACAUAAACUCAGAAUUCAAAGCCAAAGAAUGGUUGCCUCAAGGGUUUGAAGAAAGAAUCAAAGACUCGGGAAGAGGUUUGCUUGUGCAUAAUUGGGCACCCCAAGUGGAAAUUCUGUCACAUAAGUCUACAUGUGCAUUUUUGAGUCAUUGUGGGUGGAAUUCUGUCCUUGAAGCACUAAACAAAGGGGUGCCAAUGCUUGGAUGGGCUAUGGCAGGCGAGCAGUUUUUCAAUGUCAAGUUCUUGGAAGAAGAGUUGGGGGUUUGUGUGGAGAUUGUUAGAGGGAAGACUUGUGAGGUUAGGCAUGAAGACAUGAAGGCAAAGAUUGAGUUGGUGAUGAAUGAGACAGAGAAAGGCAAGGAAAUGAGAAGGCAAGCUAGCAAGGUCAAGGGGAUGAUAAAAAAUGCCAUGAGAGAUGAAGAUGGCUUCAAAGGUUCCUCUGUCAAAGAAUUGGAUGAUUUUUUCAAAGCUGCCACUGUAAUGAGAGAUGGGGCAAAUCAUGAUGCUUAAGUCAAGGAGAAAAUUAAGAAGAAAGAAUUUGUUUUAGACUUUGAAAAUCAAACUAAUAAACAGAAUGCAUUGCUUUAAUGAUUU